AUGGCAGAACAGGACCUUGAAAGAGGAGAAACGGACACUAGUGGUCAUGUCCAGGAGGGCCGUCGCCGUCGCCGUCGCCGUCGACGGCAGCGCCGCCGCUACCGUUCCCAUGUUUCUGAUGUUUCUGAUCAGUCCCGUUAUACGUCGCCCCCGACCUCUAGUACAUCGGAAUCCGGCCAUGCCGAUCGCGCCAAUUAUAUCUCGACAGCACAAAAGCAAUACAUCGAGACGCUGGAGAGGAGAGGCGCUUUAGGAUCCAUAGAAAUGCUCUACCGGCACAACGUGCUCUUUUGCAGGGCUAAGCUUUUUAAGCACUUCGUUCUCAGUAGACAUGGUGAGAUCAAUCUCGACAUGUUAGAGACAAUGUGUGAGGAUUUAGAGAAGUAUUCAAGAGCAAUGGAAGGCUAUCGCAGCUUUCGAGAUCGUCCCGGCGCAUUCAGGUACAAUAAGAAUAUCAUGAGAAUGGGUGCGCAGCUUGCAGUGCUGGCGCAGGCCGAGCUAGGCAAUCUACCAACUAAUCAAGAGCAUCCAUCGGUGGAUAUUGAAGCAAUAAAGGAAGAAAUAGUAAGGUUCUACUGUGACAAAGUGCUGGGAAGGCCUUAUGGAGUUGAAGGCGAUGUGAGAAUGCUUCAUCAGACUGCUAUGAAGGCAUCCACAUCAAUACGUCAGCUGUCUUUCGCAGUAAUCAUUGUCGACUCGACGGGGCUAGAGUUGAUGGCAAACUCAUAUCCAUGGCUCCAGCUAACCCAGCCACUGGAGGGGGGCGAAGGGUCAGAGAGCGACAUGUCUUUUGCGACCUCGACAGUAAGCCCAGAACUCUCAACGGAAGAAUAUUUUAUGACCUCUUCAUUCGACCUAGAGUUUGAACCAGCUUUCUCAACGCCUAUACCGCCAUUUCAAACGUACGACACAAACUCACAAACACUCAGCUUCGCAGAAGCACUCCUUCUUACGCAAAUAGUGGAUCAUGAGAAAGAAGCUGCGAGUAGCUUUGAUGCCGAAACGCAACCACAAUACUGCUCUCUUGAUAUGCUUUCGAAUAAGACGCUGCCACCGCGGCAGGGGCUUGUUGAUGAAGCUAAGGAUUUCACGUCUGUUCAUGCAUCACAGGCCUGCAGGUAUUACGGAAUGGAUUUGACGGACAGUGUAUCAAGUGGAAACACAUUUGAACCUUCUUCCGCUUUGCUGUUAACAUACGGCAAGAACAACCAUUGCGAACCACCACAGGCAAUCAAAGGAGGUCUGCCGCCCUCUAGAGCACAAGCAAUAACUCUGGACCCAACUAAAACGUGCAUGGGCGACGAAGAUGGGAGCACUUGCCCCUUAAUGUUUGACAGCGACGAUUCCAGUGUGGAGGAUAUUGAAGUAAGAAAAGCUUUUGCUUACCCUUAUUUCCGCCGCGAUCCGGUUCGCCAUAUCGAAUGCUUGAGCCGCAAGCUCUACCAUAGAAGACUAUCUCCAGAAAGGCAAUGGCACAAGAUCUGGGAGACUCUUUUUAAUCUGAAAUUGCCAAGAGAAGGACCUUAUCUCGGUGGCUCUAAGGAAGAAAUUGUUGGAAGUAUGAUUGCACUUCUUAGCGGCUUUCAAGCGUUAUCAGAUGAGCGAUCAAACGACAUGGAGACGGAGGAGACGGAGAAAGCUUCGGCAUGCGGUGGCGUUGAUUCGAUACCAAUGACACCACAAGAUAUGGAGUUUGACUUUGACUUCAACAUACCAUUGGAUCGAUCACCCUCGCCAGAGAUUCAGAAUUCUUACCCUAGCAAAGACAUGACGCAGAUGCAGGAAUCCAGCUCGGUGACACCGACAGAGUUGUCAGACUAUUCCACUCUUAAGAUAAACAAGGGGGAUAUCUUAGUGGGGCAUCAGUCUACAAAACACAUGAACCAAAGCGUCCAGGUGAAGCAUUCUUGGCCACCAAAUGCUGCAGUUUGCACACCAAAGACAUUUGAAAGCUCGGAGAUGACUUGUGCUACGAGUAACAUCGAGUCGGCCGGGAAGUCACUGACUUGUUUGACUCAUGUCCUCGAGGAUAGGGAGGAACCCGACCCAUAUGAGGCGGCUUCCCAGCUACUACGAUUCGGUUUACAAGGCAAGGGUCAUCAGAGGAGGUUGAAGGCUUUGUGCUUGUCACAGCCCGAUACUGAGGGCGCAAUUCCACCUGUAUUAAGAAAGUACUAA